AUGCCUCUAUUAAUUGUCCCGGUCGACUCUCUAGUCGCACUCAGAGAUGGAGUUCCCUACUACCUCAGGAACUUCGACCUAUCUAAAGCGCGGUUCUUCAGGAUGGACAGCUACCCUAGUUGGGGCGAAUUCGACUUCCAUACUGAAGUAGCUUGUUUCGCAGACUGCUUUUUUGCGUGGAAGAAGCAAGUCCUGAAGACGGAGCGAGUGAGGUGGCCCAGGGCUCGUCAUGGGUCGUCUUAUCUCUCUGAGACAGAAAUGGAUCAGGUAUUAUGGAUCCUUGUUAACGAGUUGGAGGAGCACCGAAACGCCGGUCGAGGCCUUGAGGAUGAGCGUUGCGUCGUUCUUGAAGAGUUUGGGGAGACUCACGACAGAUUGGCAUGGUGCGUGAAGAAGUUGCCGGAUAUGAUAUGGGUGAAUAUCUAG